CGCGUCCUGAGACAGCCCGGGACCGCGCUCCCGAAGCAGACGGCGCCGGGACUCCGCGAGCAUCCCUCCCAGGGCUGCCCUCCGCGCGCCGGGCCGCGCCGCGCCGCCGAGAGACCGUGGGGAGGGAGGCCGGCCAGCCGGCGCGCGGAGCCGAGGACGCGGGUUCGGGUCCCCCUCGGGGGCGAGAGGGCGGCCGCCCCCGCGGGCCGGGCGCUCCAGGCUCUGCCCCGCUAGCAUGAGUCUCCCGCGAGGCUCCCACGGCGGGCCGGCGGGCAACUCCAGCCCGUGGUGGCCCGCGACCACCGAGGGCGCCAACGGCAGCCGGGCGGCGGCGGGGCCCGCGGCGGGCGGCGGGCCGGCGGGCGACGUCCGCGACGAGGAGCUGGCGAAGCUGGAGGUGGCCGUGCUGGCGGUGAUCCUCGCCGUGGCCGUGCUGGGCAACGGCAGCGUGCUGCUGGCGCUGCACCGCACGCCGCGCAAGGCGUCGCGCAUGCACCUCUUCAUCCGCCACCUCAGCCUGGCCGACCUGGCCGUGGCCUUCUUCCAGGUGCUGCCGCAGCUGUGCUGGGACAUCACCUACCGCUUCCGCGGGCCCGACUGGCUGUGCCGCGUGGUGAAGCACCUGCAGGUGUUCGCCAUGUUCGCGUCCGCCUACAUGCUGGUGGUCAUGACGGCCGACCGCUACAUCGCCGUGUGCCACCCGCUCAAGACGCUGCAGCAGCCCGCGCGCCGCUCGCGCCUCAUGAUCGCCGCCGCCUGGGCGCUCAGCUUCGUCCUGAGCACGCCGCAGUACUUCAUCUUCUCCAUGGUGGAGAUCGAGGUCAGCAACGGCACCACAGCCCAGGACUGCUGGGCCACCUUCAUCCAGCCCUGGGGCACGCGCGCCUACGUCACCUGGAUGACCAGCGGCGUCUUCGUGGCCCCCGUGGUCGUCCUGGGCACCUGCUACGGCUUCAUCUGCUUCCACAUCUGGCGCAACGUGCGCGGGAAGACGGCGUCGCGCCAGGGCAAGGGCGGCAAGGGCUCCGGGGAAGCCGCGGGUGCCCUCCACAAGGGGCUUCUGGUCACGCCCUGUGUCAGCAGCGUGAAGACCAUUUCCCGCGCGAAGAUCCGCACCGUGAAGAUGACCUUUGUCAUCGUGACUGCCUACAUCCUCUGCUGGGCGCCCUUCUUCAUCGUCCAGAUGUGGUCAGUCUGGGAUGAGAAUUUCAUCUGGACCGAUUCGGAAAACCCAUCCAUAACCAUCACAGCGUUACUGGCCUCCUUGAACAGCUGCUGCAACCCAUGGAUAUACAUGUUUUUUAGUGGCCAUCUCCUGCAAGACUGUGUCCAAAGCUUCCCGUGCUGCCAAAGCAUGGCCCAGAAAUUCACCAAGGAUGACUCGGACAGCAUGAGCCGAAGACAGACUUCGUACUCAAACAACCGAAGCCCGACGAACAGCACUGGGACGUGGAAGGACUCGCCCAAGUCUUCCAAGUCCAUCAAAUUCAUUCCUGUGUCCACCUGAGCCUCCUGCAGCCCGACUCUGAGCAACUCUGGGGUCCAUUAUCUAAAUCCGGCUAGAGAUCAUAAGAGCAGAGGAGGUUAUGUGAGAUAGAAAUAAAUCAACUCAAUAUGUACAUUGUUUCUAGCUGUGUUUUCCCGUUGCUGUGACCAAAAACUGAGUUCUUUUGCAUAGAAUAGUAAUGAAAAUGUGCUACACAGAAAUGUGCAGGCCUGCUUCAUAACCGUACUGACUUUCUAUUUUGUGGUUGAUGGUUUUUUCAUUGUAUUUUUAUUUCUGACAUAAGUGAAGCUUGAUUGGUUUAAGCACUGUUUCCAACCGAAGCUAACUCAUUCAUGAUUUAAAGGCUCGUGUUGCUGUCAAUUUGUCCAUAGUAAAAUGUCAGCAAGAGGUAUAGGGGGUUUGGUUGAGAAUGAAAAGGAAGUAGGUCAACCUGGCAGUCCUUCCUUCACAGCCCUGAUCUUCUAUUGGCUCUUAAAAACAUGCUUACUAAGAGGUUUGAAAACACUAUGGACAGACCAGUAAUUUGUAUGAGGGCUGCUAUACUUUAUAGAGGCAUAGGAGGAACACCUUCUCUUGAAAGAUCUGUGUUUUAAACAUCUGUUGACCAGCAUCAUAAGGUACCCUGAGCUAUGCCAGAUGUUAAUGCUCAGUACCUAUUUGGUGAUUCCAGAUUCAGAGAUUUUAAAGUCUCCUAGAGUAAUGCCACAUAUGAUGUACUCACUACAGGCUUGGUUUAAACAGUUUAUUCAUUUCUUCUCAUUUCCAGUCGACACAACAGGUCCAGAAUCCAGAGGACCCAGAGAUGUGGGGAAACAGGAGACAGGCAGAAAGGAAAGGGGACUGAGCCUUGUCUGAGUUCCUUCAUUAAGAUAUGACUAACGAUAUCCUUAAAAAUAUGUAAAGCCUCAGUUUCUUGGCUGCACAGUGGCUUGGUAAAACUCACGUCACAGGGUUGUUGUAAGGAUUAAAUAAAAUUAAACGCGUGAAGAGUUUUUAAAAACCAUAAAGUAACAUA